CGGUUAGGGGGUGUAGCCGCGAGGAGAAGCGCAAAGUAUACACAGCUGGUUAACUCGAAGUAGUUCGACAGCUCUGUGCCGUUGCUCUGCUCUGUCAAAUAGCGCUGUAAAUUUAGCGACAUAGCUAGGGGCUUGAAAUAAACGCGUAAUUCCGAUUUUGAGCAUCAAUGACAGAUUACUGCCACCCGGUUUCCUCCGAUUUCACACCAGCUGAGCGGCUGGAGAUUGAGAACCUGAAGAUGCAUAAGAGCGAUCUUUUAGAUGACAUUGAGAAGCUGAAGAUGGAUAUUGAGAAAGUAAUGUCUGAAAUUCAGGACUUUGAGCUGACCGAGGAGAACAAAAACAUUGCGAGGGACAAGAAGUUCUUAAGCGGAAAGAAGAAAUUCAACAUGGAUCCCAAAAAGGGCAUUCAGUACCUGGUGGACAAUAAGCUGGUAGAGUGGAAACCACCUGCGGUGGCAGAGUUCCUGUAUAAAGAAGAAGGCCUGAACAAGACAGCUAUAGGAGACUUCUUAGGAGAGAGAGAAGACAUGCAUCUCCAGAUACUGAAAGCCUUUGUGGAGCUGCACGAGUUUUCAGACCUUAACCUUGUGCAGGCUUUGAGGCAGUUCCUGUGGAGUUUCCGCCUGCCGGGAGAAGCACAGAAGAUCGAUCGCAUGAUGGAGGCUUUUGCCACCCGCUACUGCGAUUGCAACCUCAACGUGUUUCAGUCCACAGACACCUGCUACAUCCUGUCAUUCGCCAUCAUCAUGCUAAACACCAGCCUCCACAACCCCAACGUGAAGGACAAGACCACACUGGAGAGGUUCAUCAGCAUGAACAGAGGCAUCAACAACGGGGGCGACCUCCCCAGCGAGCUGCUGACGAAACUCUACGACAGCAUCCGGAGUGAACCGUUCAAAAUCCCAGAGGAUGAUGGGAAUGAUCUCACACACACCUUCUUCAACCCUGACCGAGAGGGCUGGCUUCUCAAGCUGGGGGGCCGAGUGAAGACAUGGAAGAGGAGGUGGUUUAUCCUGACAGAUAACUGCCUGUAUUACUUUGAGUUUACCACAGACAAAGAACCCAGAGGCAUCAUUCCCCUUGAGAACCUGUGCGUGAGGGAGGUGGUGUAUGCACGAAAGCCGUACUGCUUGGAGCUCUACAAUCCCAACAGUAAGGGGCAGAAGAUCAAGGCCUGUAAGACGGAGACAGACGGCCGGGUGGUGGAGGGGAAGCACCAGUCCUACAUGAUCUCUGCGGCCACAGCCGAAGAGCGGGACAGCUGGAUCCAGUCCAUCAGGGCGAGUAUCACCAAAGACCCCUUCUAUGACCUUGUGACAGUUCGCAAGAAGAAAGUCAUCAACAACGGAGUAACGGAGGAAUGAGGGCAUGCCUACACGCUGUGUCCCACCAGUGACUGUGGGAUUUUAGUGGUUUUUCACGAGGAGGACACUGUGGACUGGUGACAGUCUGUUAAAGUGAUAAAAUCAGACACACCUGCUGGACAUCAAUGCAGACGAGAGAGAGAGAGAGAGAGAGAGAGAGAUACUCUGAAUGUCUAAUUCCAAGAAGCAUUAGUUACAUUUUUUAAACUACUUAGUUUUUAUCUAAACAAAUAAGUAAUGUUGACCAUCGUUAUUCAGUUUCAAUUUCCUUUUAAGUUACAGUACAAAGGAUUUAAGUCAUGUGGGGCUUUAGACUGGGAAUUCAGAAACUUCUGAUCCGAACCGUCAUGUGCAAAAGUUGAGUUAAUCUCACGAAUUUCACCUGUUUGCAUUCAGACGCCAACAUGGCGCUGACAUGAGCUGACACCACAUGACAUCUGUACCACAGUACACUACGCUACGUGGCGGCACAACAUAAAGACAAAAGAGAACAAUGACACCCGGGCAUUUAGAUUUGGGGUGAUUUCCUCAUUUAUCUUUGGAUCCCAAGAUGGAACGUACGUAGGCUUACUGUUCUGUCAAGGGCAGGUGCCAGUUUAAUUUGAGGUGAACUGACCCGCUCUUCCAAACACGCGUAGUCGCUCUGCACAAGAGUAAGUAAAAAAAAAUGCUAAGCCACGGCCAUGCUGCGCAUUGCUUCCUGUAGCACUGACAUUACGUCCCCGUUAGCCGGCGCUCUGAUUAUGCAAAUCACAAUGUGAGAACAGACGUGCACGUGCACCCACCUGAGAGCCUACGAGACCAAACAACUGGCUAACAACACCCACAGACCAUCUGCGUGCGUUUGCAACGGUACAAAAACACGAAAUGUGGCUUAACUAUGCUAAAGUAUUAUGAAGGUUGUGGAAACAUGCCGACCAGGACGCAUUUUAUGUGGGCACAGAGUAAAACUGGUGCUUGCUUUAAAAUAAAUGUUAAAUAUGCGAGCGCUCACUGCGCAGUACCAGCAGUGAUUACGUCACGCGGAGCUCAGCUCUUACUUCUUAAUAUGUUGUUUAAGCACAAAUACUGCACGUUUGGGUUUUCGUUUUCUUCGGUGGCCCACUGUCAAUGGGAAGGAAAAAGAAAAACAUUUUUUUUUACCGUCGAUCGAAGGAAGAAAAGAGAAGUCCGCAUCCGGAAGAACGCAUGGAGUCGCUGAAUUUAGACCGAAACCGAUGAAGAAAUUCUCACUUCCACUAAUGCCAGUCAGCAGACCGCCCAGUAAAUUUAGCACCACACACCAAGAGGAAACCAUGGUGCACGCACAUACAAAGGCAGCUCUAAACCUCUGAUGUGAGGGCCUUUCUGUGACUGACUUUGAGUGAGUUAUCAGCAGCUAACAGGCAGGUAGACAUGUAUGUCGCCGGCACCUUCUAAAUACAAUGUAACCUGUUACACAGAUUUUUACCAAGGGCAUUAUGAUGCAGUAAAAUAAAUUAUGAUGCAGUAAAAUAAAUAUUUCCGACCCAUUAAAGGAAGGAAAUGUUAACUAGAUCUGUGCAUUUAUGUAAAUACAAGAUAACUUUUUUUUAAAUCACAAUGUUGGCGUACUACUAUUUUAUUUGUCGUAAUGUUAAAUAUUUGUAAAAACAAUAGUUGCUGCCUUUCUUUUUUGAAAUGGGUAUCCAAACGCUUGCACUGUAUAUGCUCAGGGAAAUAGGUUACCACUCCAUAACGUGUUUACGUUGGUUUUCUUACAACCCUCCCAACUGUUCAUAAAUGCUUAUUUUUAUGGAGUCCACGUGUACCAUUUCUGAUAUGUACAGUACAUAAAUAUUUUUAUUUUAUUUUUUACGUUUGCAUAAUGUGACACAGAUCCAAAACCAAAAAUGUAAAUUACUUUGUAAAUAUAUAAUAGAAGGCAAUGUUCUAUUUUGACAUGUGUAUAGUAAGUUGUCUAUUUAAUAAAUUAAGUAUCAUUGUAAAA